AUGGCGCGCGCCAGCGCCUCGGCCACGCGGCAGACGGCGCCAUGCGGCGCGCGCGUCCACCGCUGGGCACCGCCGCACCGCCCCCUCCUCCUCCUGCGCAUUGCUGCUGCUCUCACGGCGGCCUUCUUCUACUCGCGAGUGGGGGCGCUGUCCGCGGACACGAUCUGCGGCAAGAUUCCGGGACUGACGCCACAGCAGCGGGCGCUGUGCCGGAGCCACCCGGACGCGAUGGUCGCGGUCGGCGAGGGUGCGCGCCUGGGAAUCGGCGAGUGCCGGCACCAGUUCCGAUUCAGCCGCUGGAAUUGCUCGGCGCUGGGGGAGGAGACGGUGUUCGGCCAGGAGCUCCCAGGCGGUAGCCGAGAAGCGGCCUUCGCGCACGCCGUGAUGGCGGCGGCCGUGGCGUACGCCAUCACGGCGGCGUGCGGCCGGGGCGACCGGAGCUGGUGCGGCUGCGACGGCGCCAAGCAGGGCGGCUUCUACGAUGCACAGGGCGGCUGCUCGGCCGACCUCAGCCACAGCCUCGAGUUCUCGCGCCUCUUCGUGGACGCGCGCGAGGUCCAGCGGAGCGCGCGCACGCUGGUGCUGGAGGAGAAGAUGAAGCCGGUGUGCAAGUGCCACGGAGUGUUGGGCUCGUGCACCACCAGGACGUGCUGGGCCACGCUGCCCCAGUUCCGCGAGGUGGGCUCCGCGCUCAAGCGCAAGUACGACGAGGCGGUCCACGUGGAGCCGGACCGGCUGACGGGCAGCGUGGGCACGCGCGGCCGCCCGUGCGACCGCACGUCGCCGCACGCCGACGGCUGCGAGCUGCUGUGCUGCGGCCGCGGCUACGACACGCGCCGGUACACGCGCUCGUGGCAUUGCAAGUGCGAGUUCCGCUGGUGCUGCUACGUGCGCUGCAGCACGUGCAGCGAGGGGGCGGAGGAGUACACGUGCAAGUGACGGCGGCGGCGGCUUGCUGGGAAGCUGGGGCCCCGACUAAUCCGCCGGCUCGAUCGCUCGCCCCGUCGACUGUCGGCCAUGGCCCCCACGGGCCUCGCCCCUGGCAACAACAAUCAUGGCCGGACAAAAU